GACGAAGGAGGAAGGAGGAAGAAGGAAGAAGAAGGAAGGAGGAAGGAGGAAUUUGGUUUCGAAUGAAUUGGAGUGUGUGAUGCAUCAAUGGAGAUAGAGAGAGAUUGAAAUCAUCGACACGCAGAGAGAGAGAGAGAGAGAGAGAGAGAGAGUAGCAUUCGACGAAGGAAGAAGAAGACGAAGGAGGAAGGAGGGAAGGAAGGAAGGAAGGAAAGGAGGAAUUUGGUUUUUGAAUGAAUCCGAGUGUGUGAUGUGAUGCAUCAGAAGAAAUCAGAAGUCCAGAUCGGAACAGAAAGCACCGGCGUCUCUUCCGAUUUCAACCCCAUCCCCUCCUCCUCCCUCCACCACUCCCACUCCCACUCCUCCGGCGGCCACCACCACCACCACCACUUCCCCCCCUUCCUCGCCUCCGCCGCCGCCGCCUUCGACCCCCUCCAGUUCGCCGCCCCGCCGCCGGGCCUCCUCCAGAAUGACCCGAUCGCCCCCUCCACCCCUUACAAGCGCCCGCUCCUGACUCAGCUCUCCCCUCCUCCCGCCGCUUCCCUCCCCAAGUCCCCCACCGUGUACCGCCUCUCUCCCCCGACCCCGACGGCGGCGCCGGCCGCCCAGCAUUUCGCCGCCCCGCGGAGAGCCCUGGUCCCGAUCGCGGUCGCCGCCAAGUCCACCGCCUCCCGCCUGCUCCGCCGGUUCAAGCACCUCCGGCGGCUCCGCGUUCACCUCCGCCUGAUCCUCCUCCUGUCCCUCCCCUUCUUUUACUUCCUCGUGUCCCACCCGAGCAACUCGUUCCUGCUCGAUUUCGUCUCGGCCUUCGCGUUCUCCGCCGCGCUCCUGUUUUCGCUCAAUUUGGCGCUCCCCCGGCUCCCCUCGAUACGGCUGUUCUUGGCCCGCUCGUUCCCGAUUAAGCUGAAAGCGUCCCAUUCCAUAUCCAGUCCUUUGCCGGUGUUCUGGUCCAUCGGGUCCCGGACAAAAGCUGAGAAAAGAGUGAAUUCGGGAUGCUGGGUUCAGGUUUAUAGCAAUGGGGACGUGUAUGAGGGUGAAUUCCAUAAGGGCAAGUGUUCGGGGAGCGGUGUGUAUUAUUACUACAUGAGCGGGAGGUAUGAGGGGGAUUGGGUUGAUGGGAAAUAUGAUGGCCACGGAGUUGAGACUUGGGCAAGAGGUAGCCGAUAUAGAGGACAGUAUAGACAGGGGCUUAGGCAUGGUUUUGGGGUUUAUAGAUUUUAUACUGGUGAUGUAUAUGCUGGGGAGUGGUCUAGUGGGCAAAGCCAUGGGUGCGGAGUACAUACAUGUGAGGAUGCAAGCCGCUAUGUUGGAGAAUUCAAGUGGGGUGUUAAGCAUGGGCUCGGUCACUACCAUUUCAGAAAUGGUGACACGUAUUCUGGAGAAUACUUUGCAGACAAGAUGCAUGGUUUCGGCAUCUAUUCUUUUGCCAAUGGUCAUCGCUAUGAGGGUGCUUGGCAUGAGGGUAGGCGGCAAGGGCUUGGCAUGUACACUUUUAGAAAUGGGGAAACUCAAUCUGGACAUUGGCAGAAUGGGAUUCUUGAUAUACCGAGUACACAGAGCACCAUGUACCCUGAUUCUCCAGUCGCAGUCAAUCACUCUAAAGUGCUCAACGCCGUGCAGGAAGCACGAAGAGCAGCGGAGAGAGCUUAUGACGUGGCCAAGGUUGACGAAAGGGUUAAUAGGGCUGUCGCAGCGGCUAAUAGGGCAGCAAAUGCAGCUCGAGUUGCAGCGGUGAAGGCUGUCCAGAAACAGAUGUACCCCCGUAGUAGCAACGACAACAUUCCACUGCCAAUUGUGUGAAACUUCAAUACGCAGCUAUUUAUAGUUGCAGAGGUCGUUUUUCAUUCUCCAGGGCAUGCAAGGUGAUACUUGUUCCCCUGUUUCUCUAGAGUGUCUACUAGAGAAAAGCUGGGUGGGAGGUUUUUGACAUGUUAUGGGAGAAACAAAAUGGCUGUCUUUUUUUUUUCAAAUCCUGUAUAGUUGGAGAGAGAGAGAGAGAGAGAGAGAGAGAGAGAGAGAGAGAGAGAGAGAGAGGGGCUGAAAGAGCUGGUAUUUACGGCGAAACCUUAGUCCAGCUGCUGGUUGUACAUGCAAGCAACACUAAGAAGAUUCACAUCUACCCGUUUAAUUUUCCCAUCUUUUGCCUAACUGGCCAAGCUUGACUAAUUUGAAAAUCAGGCAAUUAGAUCAUACCUGUGUUUCUCCA